GCCUCUGCAGGAAGAGACAACGCAUGCGCAGCGGCCGAGGCUCCGUCAGGCCCCUGAGAAGCCAAAACACUCCGCAAUGACUGACAAGAUGACGACUGCAAAGGCGGCGAGCGCGACGACAAAACGGCAAAGUUUGAUGCUUGUCUUCUUACCAGCGACGUGAGGCCAUUGCUCGACGCCAUCUUUGUUGACCGAAGAUCGUCUAUUCUGCGAAGAUGGACUGCAUAGUAGCACAUUGCCUGCCUGAACUGCUCGUGCUUCCCAGUCGAAAUGUUACAGGAACGAUUUUAAUCAAGACAAAACAUUGUAGAUUUACUUUUCGUCUUUAACUUACUGUGAGAAUAUUGUACAUAUAUAAUAUAUAUUCUGUUCAUGAACCAGGUGGAAUUUCUACAUGCAUUCAUUUGAAGCCUUGUUUUUAUUGCUUUUACUGUCUCUUGUCCAUCAAGCUGACAGGAAUGUAUCACUUGGACUGAGGAGCACUCACAGACGAUGAAAGAACACAAAAUAAAAUCAUGACGUCACAGCAUCUUCCUCCUCCUUUCCUCUGGAGGAGGCUGUCACGUGACACUUGCCCGUCAUUCUCCUCCUGGCGUGCACGAGCAUCGACGCUGACUCGGCGCCGCUGGCAGAAAACAGGACCAAAGUUGAUCUCCUGUCAUGAACAAGGUGGAGGGUCGGGUCACUCCAGUCAACUUGGCGUCCUCACGAGGCCCGAGCACGCCAAGCUCCCCCGCCACCGCCACCAUCAUGGCGCGUGUGGAUGAGCAGGUGGUGCCGUACCGAGACCUGGCGGCGCUGCCCCGAGACAAAGCCAUCCUGCAGGUAGAGCGACCUGACCUGAUGACCUACCAACCACACCUCAGCUUCUCGCCGCUGGACCCCCCACGCAGAGAGCGAUCGCUGUCUCCACCCGCCGCCUCCCCCGCCAUGUCUCCUGAGGUGAAAGGACGGCGAGCGGAAAGCGACAGCGGCUCCCCCGGAGGCUCCAUGCUGCAACUGCAGGCCGGACGCAAAAUCAGUGCCAGCUUGCAGCACUUCCACCGACCAGAUAACGGAGCAAACAUCUACAGGAAGCCUCCCAUCUACAAACAAGAAGGUUCCAAACACACUGAAGGUCGCGGGGUCAUCCAGUCGGCAAAGUUCCCGGCAGCUCAGCCUCCAGACCCCAACCAGCCAUCCAAGAUCGAGACGGACUUCUGGCCCUGCCCGCCCUCGCUGGCCGCCAUGGAAAUCGAGUGGCGGAAGAAGAAGAUGGAGGAAGAAGAUGACGACUUUGAGGACUUGACGGAUGAAGCCAAGACACUGCAGGAACAGGAACUGGAAAAGAUCAAGUCCAACCUGGGACGUCUCAUCUUGAAGGAAGAGAAGGAGAAAGCAGCGGGCUUUCGGAGGAAGACGCGGUCACUGCCCGACAGAGGUCACAUGCACACCAGUCUGGCAGCGAGCGCGUCCAAGUCUCCGUCUUGUUCUGGCUCCGGGCUCACCCGAAUGCAGUCGGCUGACUUUUCCACGGACGCCGCGCAUUCAGGUGGGAGGCUCCUCUCGCAACUUCCUAAUGGUGAGUCCCAGAUGGAGCGCAUGGACAGAGGAAACUCGUUACCGAGCAUCUUGGAGCAGAAGGUUUAUCCCUACGAAGCGCUGAUGGUCACCCACAGGGGGCGCUGCAAGCUUCCUCCCGGAGUGGACCGCACUCGUCUGGAGAGACAUCUGGACCCGCGGGAGUUCCAGCAGGUGUUUGGGAUGAACGCCGGUGAAUUUGAGCGCCUGUCGCUAUGGAGACGAAACGAACUGAAGAAGAAGGCGUCGCUCUUUUAAGAGGAAGUGACAUCACGGCCGAAGCAAACAAACUUUGUGUUCUUUGCAGGCUACGUCACGCACGCUAACAAACGCUAGUAGGAAGCAGCUUGUGUUGUCAUGGUUACCAGUGCGCCACGUGCACGACAAGCGCUCUCCGGUCGACUCGCUGGGCUCUCAUGAGCAAUCGUCCAAUCACAGCUUGGGACUUUUAUGUGUUGUUUGCCGCCAUAUUUCCGGGUCUGAUGUUUCACUGCUGCCAAUAAACCACAACAAACACUGACGUCAUCCUCCCAUCCUGUGACAGGACCGCAGCGUCCAAGCUGGGAGCAUUUCAAAAUAAAAUCCUGAGUGUUUUAUUAUGAAAGGUUACAAGAAGCUCUGCCCUCAGACCUCACCUGAAGUGAGCACACAUCUACUUCUGAUUCUGAUCGGCCGAUGAGUCAUGGGGAGUGUCAGCCAGCCCCCAGCCCGUCUUGGUGCAGUCUGGACCAGACCGGCCCAUGCCAGGGCCCCCCUAGUGGUUUGGGUUUGGGUCACCAGUGGGCCCCAACGAGGCAGACACCGGGACUUGUACCGCCAUCAUCUGACACGCCUAAGCACACCUUCCAGGUGAGUGGCUUCACGCUCUGGACCCCGUCUCAUGCACCUGCUCCUUGCUCCAUUGUCUCUCCUUCAACUUCUUCUCCUGGCUUGUUUCUCGCCAACGAACAUCCUGACUCGGUUCCAUCUGGUGUGACUUCUCCUGUCUGCCUUCUCAUGGGAAAGCGUAUUGCAGCGUGAUUCCGUCCUCUGAGCGUGACGUGUUCUACUUGUAGAGCUUUCCUCACACGGCCAUGUUAUCCCUGCAGCGGCUCAUCAUUUCAUCAGCACUCCGGGUUAUGAACGAGUAAAGGGAGGCACACUUACAACGUGCAACCAUCUGGGCUCUGUUAAUAAAACUAUAAAAAGUCCAGAAUAUACUACUACAUAUCAUGCUAUCACUACCAUUAGCAUGCUAAUGUUUGACCAAUACACUAGGUCCCCAACUAACGAACACAAUUGGUUCCAGACGACCGUUCACUAGUGGAAUUGUUCUUAAGUAGGGUAAAAGGUAAUAUUAGCAAUGAUAUAGGUACUACAUGUAUGUGUAUACAUAUACAGUAUAUGUGUAUGUAUGUUAUUAC